GUCAAAUGAAAACUGUCAAUGAAUAACAACAAUGUUGUUGACUUCAAUCAUAAAUGUGUCUCACUGUAUACAGUGAUUCCAUCGCUUCUUGAUCGUUUCAACCAAAUUUUCUAUUGGCAUCGGAAUAAUGGAUCACAAAGCAGAACCAAAAGAGAAAAUUGUAAACAAAAUUGCUGAUACUUCCUUCCUACCUGAAUGUUGGUCUGAUGAUAGACGAAUGGGCAUUUUAUUAGCUGAAUUUCGACCCAGACAAUUAAAUGCCGCAAGUUAUGAUGCAAAAAUGAAAUUUUGGAAAGACUUAAUUCAUUCAUUUUGCAAAGCAUCAGGAUCUAGUGUAAUAUCAAUUUCUGGGUUAAAGGAACAGUUUCGUCGUAAGGGCACCGUUCCAUACUGCUUGCAAACUGUACUACUUGACAUGUUAGCAAAAAGAGAGCUGUGUAAAGAGGGUCAAUUGAAAGUUGAGCAACAUACUGGACCAUUCGGAUUUAACCUGUGGACAGCAAAGCAACUGAUAAAAGCACCUCUCUUGUGGGGAUAUGAAGUUGUGCUUGGCAGUGUAACUGGUACGGUCAAUAUAAAUGAAAACGAAAACUUCAUCGUAGUGGCUGUCGCACAACAACAUGCAAAAACGAUUGAAAGGACUAUUAUGGAACGCGAAUUGUAUAACAAAUUGUUGCAAUAUGAGGAUUUGGUUGAUUUAUUCAACAAAACAUCAUCUAUAACACGGCACGGUGUAGAACAAGCUCUAGCAUUACUCGAGACAUGCAAUAGAUUAACAAAACAAAUAAUAGUUUGUGGUGGAACUAGCACGGUAUUUAUUAAAUUUGCUGGAGUUAAUACAGUUGCUCAACCGAUUACCAAUAUAGAGAAAUGCAUCUACGAACUUGAACAGAGUGAAAAUCGAUUAAUGAAGGAUAUUACCACGGUCGAGCAAAACAUAAGCCAAACGAUGAAUAUGGUUCGAGAAUAUAUAACAGACGGAAGGAAACAAAUGGCUAAAACAUAUUUAAAGAAGAAAAAAAUACUCGAAAAAAAUAUGCAACAAAAAGUUAACGCUCUGGAAAACCUGCAGGGGAUUCUGUUGAAGAUUCAUAACUGUCAAUCUGAUAAAAACGUUAUAGAAGCAUAUAAGUUAGGUACUAAUGCUUUGAAGAAUGCGUAUGAAGCUGCGGGCAUUACAAUCGAUCAAUUAGAUGAAACAAUGGACGAAAUGAAACACGUUCUAGAACAGCAUAAUGAAAUGUCAUCAAUGAUCAGUACAGUUUCGGACAGUGAUGUCGAUGAACUAGAGCUAGAGCAAGAGUUGGGAGACCUAAUUGACAUAAAAUUAUCUGAGAACAAAAUUGAUAAAAAAGAUUUUCCGAUGCCACCAGCAACAUCUACAAAGGAAAACAACACUAUCAAUGUACUUGAUUUUGAUAAAGAAAUCGAGAAAAGACUUGCCGCACUCAGGGUUGAUGCAACUGACGGAUAUAAAUUAGCAGAUCAUGGACUGUAGAUCGUUCAAACCCAAUAUUUGCUUACUAACAGAUUAUAUUUUGGCCUGCGCAAACCACAAAUCAAACUGAAAUUUCACAGUUAAAUUUAUUAAAUACAUAUUAGUUUUUCAGAUGUAAAAAAAAGCCAAGCAAAAAUGUCAAGCGACUAAAAAAAGCAGCAGAUAAUAGAUUAAGGUCGCAGAUGAUGCAAAAAUAGCAUCAGGCAGCACAAAAUACUACAUAUUUUUUAUAUAUAUUUUUUGCAUAUAUGAGAAUAUCUCGGCGAAUGUGCUGGUAUUUUGGUAAAUCCAAUACAAUUCAACAAUUCCUCUGUUGUUAGAAGGUAACGAAAUGUAUCAUGUGAAAACAUGCAAAAUAUAUGAUUGAAUUAUUAGCAUUAUCGUUUGGAAACUAAGUUACAGGCUGACUAACAAAAAACGAACUAAAAUGAAUUUAUAUAAACUGUACACAUAUUAACUAAUGAAUAAACGAGUUGAAUCUGGACCGAUCUUCGCCGAUAAUGGUAACAUCAAUCCUUUCAAAAAGAAAA